CAUGUACCCAACUUCAAGUUUGAUUAUGCGGGGGAAAGAGAAGGGGAAAGGAUCCGUUGAUGGUGUGCGCGGGCGGGCAAAGCGAAAACUUCUCGAUAUGAGGUUGACUUGUAACGAAGGAUAGUUUUGACAUCAACUACUACUUAAGACCAUCCUUUUCACGUCUUUUGAGAUUCGAUCCUCCAAGCUCAUCAUCAUUCUCACACACGCUCUCAGCUACAACUGAAUCUUCAAGAGCAAUACAAGACUCUUCUCUCUAACCUACCUGAUACUACCUCCAUCACUUCACUUACACACAUCACAUUCACAAUGGCCCCUAGUGCUGUCGUUGACGACUUCUCUAGCCACGAUGGCCAAGCACUCGAGGUUCUCUCUGACAAGAUCGACGAUGUCAACGUGAUCAAGUACGACGAGACAUCCAAAUUCGACAAGGAGAAGGACAAGAACACCUUCCGCCAAUACGCCGAUGCCACCGACCGCGUCAAGAACUUCUACCGCGAGCAGCACCACAAGCAGACCGUCGCCUACAACCUCGCUGCCCGCAACCGCUUCUACAACGCCUCUCGUCCUCGUGCCGAAAUGACCAUUUGGGAGGCCAUGGAGAAGCUCAACACUCUUGUUGAUGAGUCUGACCCUGAUACUUCCCUCUCUCAGAUCCAGCAUCUUCUUCAGUCUGCUGAGGCCAUCCGCCGCGAUGGCAAGCCUCGAUGGAUGCAGUUGACUGGUCUCAUCCACGACCUUGGCAAGCUUAUGCUCUUCUUCCCCGAGCUUGAGACUCAGGGUCAGUGGGACGUUGUCGGUGACACAUUCCCAGUUGGCUGUGCUUUCUCCGACAAGAUCAUCUACCCCGAGACCUUUGUUGAGGGUAAUCCCGAUGCUACCAACCCCGACUUCAACACCAAGUAUGGUAUCUACUCUCCCAACUGUGGUCUCGACAAUGUCAUGCUCUCAUGGGGUCACGACGAGUACCUCUACCACGUCGUCAAGGACCAGUCCACUCUCCCUGACGAGGCUCUCGCCAUGAUCCGCUACCACUCCUUCUACCCCUGGCACCGCGAGGGAGCUUAUCGCCACCUCAUGUGCGACAAGGACCAUGAGAUGCUCAAGGCUGUCAAUGCCUUCAACCCCUAUGACUUGUACUCCAAGAGCGACGGUGUGCCCGAUGCUGAGAAACUCAAGCCUUACUACAUGGAGCUCAUAAGCGAGUACUUCCCCAACCCUGUCAUCAAGUGGUAAAACGGGAAUGAAAGUAAAAGAAAAAAAGAACCGAUAGAAAUGGGAUAUAGAUGAUGUUUUCUUUGGGACCCUGUUAGCCUGGAAUUUUGGGACACGGGAUAUAAUGAACUGAGCGAACGAUGAAUAUACUUGUUAUUGAUGAUCAAGCCUGACUCCG